CACAAAUUGAAGUGAUACCAUGCAAAAUUUGUGGAGAUAAGUCCUCUGGAAUACACUAUGGAAUCAUCACAUGUGAAGACUGUAAGGGAUUCUUUCGGAGGAGUCAGCAGAACAAUGCCUCUUGCUCCUGCCCGAGGCAGAGAAACUGUUUAAUUGACAGCACCAACAGAAAUUGUUGUCAACACUGCCAACUGCAGAAGUGUCUUGCCCUAGGAAUGUCUAGAGAUGCUGUGAAAUUUGGAAAAAUGUCCAGAAAGCAGAGAGAUAGCUUGUAUGCUGCAGUGCAGAAGCACCAGCAGCGAAUGCAAGAACAGCAGCAGCAGAGCAGCAAGGCAGAAGCCCUCAUCAGGAUUCACAGCAACAGCAUCAGUAAUGGCUUGAGCAAUAUGAGUAAUGAAACUAGCAGCACCUACUCGAAUGGACAUGUCAUCAACCUGCCAAAGUCUGAGGGUUACUAUAACAUGGAUUCUUCCCAGCCUUCCCCAGAUCAGACUGGGUUAGACAUGACUGGAAUCAAACAGAUAAAGCAGGAACUUAUCUAUGACCUCACUUCUGUACCAAACUUGUUUACCUAUAGCUCUUUCAACAGUGUGCAGUUAGCUCCAGGAAUAUCCAUGACUGAAAUAGAUGCAAUGGGGUUUGUGGUGGGCAGUGAAAAAAAGAAGAUGAAGCAGGAGGUGUGCAAGAGCCUGCUCCUGCUGCUGUUCCAUCUGCAUGACCAGGAUGAGUGCAUGACAGAGGUGGCUGACUAG